AGGGAGCGGUUGCGGACAUGCUCUGCGCGGCCCGAGCGUGGACGCUCCCGCGUGGGGCGCUCAAGCCCUGCAGACAUGUCCUCUCGAGGUGGCCUGUGGCAUCCCUCAGCGGCAGCGGCGCCCAGCCGAGGCCGCUGCCGCUGUCCUACAACCUACUGGACGGGGAUGCGGGGAGGCCGGCCAUCGUCAUGCUGCAUGGGCUCUUGGGCAGCAAAACCAACUUCAACUCCGUCGCCAAGGCCUUGGCCCAGCAGACGGGCCGAAGGGUGCUGACAGUGGAUGCACGGAACCAUGGCAACAGCCCCCACAGCCCAGACAUGAGCUAUGAGGCCAUGAGCCAGGACCUGCAAGGCCUGCUGCCCCAGCUGGGCUUGGCACCCUGUGUCCUGGUUGGCCACAGCAUGGGAGGCAAGACAGCCAUGCUACUGGCCCUACAGAAGCCGGAGCUCGUGGACCGUCUGGUGGCCGUGGACAUCAGCCCAGUGGAAACCACGUCUGUCUGGGACUUCAGAGCCUACUUUGCAGCCAUGAGGGCCGUGGACCUCCCAGGCCAGGUGCCACACUCCCAUGCCCGCAAGCUGGCUGACGAGCAGCUCAGCUCCACUGUCCAGGAUGUGGCUGUGCGCAAGUUCCUGCUCACCAACCUGGUGGAGGCGGAUGGACGCUCCGUGUGGAGGGUGAACUUGGAUGCACUGGAUCAGCACCUGGACAAGAUCAUGGCCUUCCCAUCCCAGCAGGACCCCUACCCUGGACAGACCCUCUUCCUGAUUGGCGGAAACUCCCAGUUUGUACUCCCCAAUCACCACGCCGAAAUCCGGCGUCUGUUCCCUCGGGCCCAGCUACAGACUGUCCCUCACGCCGGACACUGGGUACACGCCGACUGCCCACAGGACUUCCUGGCCGCCAUGAGGGGAUUCCUGGCCUGAUGGAGCCUCCUUGCCUUACCCCUCAGGGGCCACAGCCUGCUGCUCCCUGACCUGGCAUGGAAAGACUCGGGUUGG